CCGGAUGGGACUGCUGGGUUAAAAACCAUGGCGUGGAUACCAGCGGAGUCUGCAGUAGAAGAGUUGAUGCCCCGGCUGCUGCCAGUGGAGCCCUGCGACUUGACAGAAAGCUUUGAUCCUUCCGUACCCCCGAGCACGCCUCAGGAAUACCUGAGGCGGGUCCAGAUCGAAGCAGCUCAAUGCCCAGAUGUUGUGGUAGCUCAAAUUGACCCAAAGAAGUUGAAAAGGAAGCAAAGUGUGAAUGUUUCUCUUUCAGGAUGCCAGCCUGCUCCUGAAGGAUAUUCUCCCACACUUCAAUGGCAACAACAACAAGUGGCACAGUUUUCAUCUAUUCGACAGAGUGUGAUCAGACAUAGAAGUCACUGGAAAUCAAAACAGUUGGAUAGUAAUGUGACCAUGCCAAAGUCUGAAGAUGAAGAAGGCUGGAAAAAAUUUUGUCUGGGAGAAAGGUUAUGUGCUGAAGGGGCUGUGGGACCAGCUACAAGUGAAGGUCCUGGAAUCGAUUAUGUACAAAUUGGUUUUCCUCCCUUGCUUAGUAUUGUUAGCAGAAUGAAUCAGGCAACAGUAACUAGUGUCUUGGAAUAUCUGAGUAAUUGGUUUGGAGAAAGAGACUUUACUCCAGAAUUGGGAAGGUGGCUUUAUGCUUUAUUGGCCUGUCUUGAAAAACCUUUAUUACCUGAGGCUCAUUCACUGAUUCGACAGCUUGCAAGAAGGUGCUCUGAAGUAAGGCUCUUAGUGGACAGCAAAGACGAUGAGCGGGUUCCUGCUUUGAAUUUAUUAAUCUGCCUGGUUAGCAGGUAUUUUGACCAACGUGAUUUAGCUGAUGAACCAUCUUGAUGUAGUUGAUCUUUCGGGGAUAGGAGAUACUGGUGAUGAAGACAGCCUGAGUCUGCGGAUGUACAGUGACAACCUAAGUGAGAAUUGUGUCUUCAGCACUGUGCAUCUUAACCUGUGCAUCUCAACUUGAUAUUCAGAAGAUAAAUUGUAUUGCUUUGAAUAUCGGAAGUAUCUUUGGAAAAUUCCACCCACCCAGGUUUUGAUGAAUAGUUUAAACAGUUUUCUGUAAUCACAUGCUUUUAAAACAAAUUGCGUACCAUUUAUUGGUGAAGCAUCCUGUACAGAAACUGUAUGAUAAAAUUGUAGAGGUGCUGUUUCAUUGUUUCUUUACAUAUAUACAUAAACUUUUAUUGAAAAUGUG